UGUUUUGGAUGUGAGAUGAGAAGUUACAAGUUUCAUAUCAUCCACCAUCUACGUUUGUCUUCCUAUCAAGGUUGCUGGAAGAUUUAACCCCCUAUGUAGAUAAGCAACACCACCACCUCUCCAACACUUGCUGAACCCAAUCAACAAGAUCGUGCACACCCAGAGAGGGGCUACCGUCACCAUGCCCUGUGUUUUGAGGGCACCGCUGCCCCAAAACUAUAAGGUGAGGUGGAGCAAGGUGGAGCCAGCUGAAUACAUGGAGGUCGUCAUCCUGAUCACCAAUGGGGCCCAUCAUAAAACCUAUGGUCCGCUGGGCAGCCGGGUUCACCUCAGGCGCAACCACCGCUAUGAUGCCUCUCUGACCAUCUCCAACGUGGCCCUGGAAGAUGAAGGCCGCUACCGCUGCCAGCUGAUCAACAGUCUGGAAGAUGAGAGUUUGUCUCUUGUAUUACAACUAGACGGUGUUGUCUUUCCGUACCAGACUAGCCACGGGCGCUACAAAUUCAACUAUUUUGAAGCCAAACAAGCAUGUCAAGGGCAGGACUCUAGGCUGGCCACAUAUGGACAGCUUUACAAAGCCUGGACUGAAGGGCUGGACUGGUGCAAUGCAGGCUGGGUCAUGGAAGGGACUGUACAUUAUCCCAUAAUUAACUCCCGUGAGCCCUGCGGGGGCCGUCUCCUUCUCCCUGGUGUCCGGAGCUAUGGGUCCAAGGACAAGUCAAAGGAUCGGUUUGAUGCCUUCUGCUUCUCUUCCGCUGUGAAAGGCCGUGUCUACUUCAUCCGGGGACACCUGAAUUUCAAGGAAGCAACUCAGGCUUGCCAGAAGGACAGAGCCACCAUUGCCAAGGUUGGGCAGUUGUACGCAGCAUGGAAGUUUUCCCAGCUGGAUCACUGUGACGGAGGCUGGCUAGAUGAUGGCAGCGUGCGCUACCCAAUUAUCACUCCCCGCACUGGCUGUGGAGGUCUCCCCGAUCCUGGUGUCCGCAGUUUUGGUUUCCCCAGCAAGCUAAGGAAGAAGUAUGGCGUCUACUGCUUUUCAGUGAAGUAGAGAGGAUGAGAGACAAAGGCUAAGAGGUGUUCUCCUAACUUGAGGGGACGACUAGGCCCAGCUUUACUCCUUGGGCCUCCCACACAAAAUGGGGACUCUGUACAUAAUAUCUCUUUCCCAGGGAGGUGUUGAUAUUCAUUAUUUAACAGGGGCUAGUACCUUUGCUAGCUCAGGCUUUUC